AUGCUUACAUUGGUAGCUCGGAUUAAUAUUUACUUUUCUUCCCAACGUAUAACCCGUUCUGUAUUAUCCAACUUUUCCAUCUCAUCGAAUACUCGUCAAUAUCGUAGUUUUGAAAGUCAACCAGCAUACUCACAAUCUAGUCAUUAUAUAGUUAAUCUCCAUUCUUGGAAAUUAACUCAUCAACCUCGAGAACCUACUCUUCACUGGAAUCCUCGGUUUCGUCAACAACAACAGCAAUUUGAAACAGAAGAACAAGAAGAAAAUCAAUCAAGUGAAAAUUGGGAUUCGUGGUUUCAACAACAUCAAUCACCUUCACUUCUACCAUUUUCUCAACGAAAUAAUUUAUUUUCUCAAGAUCAACUUUAUUUUCUUGAUCAUCCUCAUUUGACCUCGAUGCCUAAACGUCCAAGAGAAUCCUCAUCACCUAUCAUUAUAUCAAAUAAACGUGAAAAAUAUUCACUUUUCGAACCUAGUCUUCCAAAACGCACAUGGACCAAUACAGGCUUUGAGGAACGUUUAAUUCGAAGUCGUUAUCAUCAUUUUAAUUUUCAUAUAAUUAGUUAUAAUAUUCUGGCUCAAAAAUUAAUCGAAGAUAAUCCAUUUUUAUAUGAUGACUGUCUAGAAAGUAAUCUUGAAUGGAAUCGACGAAAAGAACGUUUAUUAAGAGAAAUAUUAAAACAAGAUGCUGAUAUCAUUUGUUUACAAGAAAUGCAAAAAGAUCAUUACAAACAUGAUUUUCGACCAAAAAUGGUCGAUCAUGGAUAUAAUUCGAUUUAUAUAAAACGUUCUGGUGAUAAAUCAGAUGGAUGUUGUUUAUUUUACAAAACAGAUCGAUUAAAAUUAAUUGCCAGCAAAACAGUACCAUUCUAUCAAAAGAACAUCCAAAUUUUAGACAGAGACAAUUGUGGUUUAAUUGCUCUAUUUCAACCAAUUACAUCGAAUGCUACAUCAGAUGAUUUAUUUUGUGUGGCUACAACUCAUCUACUCUAUUCACCAAAACGUGGUGAUAUUAAAUUAGCUCAAAUACAAUAUUUUCUUGCUGAAAUCGAUCGAUUAUCAGUUAAAGAUUCUCCUCUAAAUUCUUAUUAUCCCAUCAUUGUCUGUGGAGAUUUUAAUGCACAACCUCAUUCUCCACUUUCGAAAUUUUUAAUCAAUGGACAUAUUAAAUAUGAUGCAUAUCGUUGUAUUGAAAUCUCUGGUCAAAUCCCACAAUCAAUUGUUAAUAAUCGUUUUUCUUUUCAACUUCCGUCAAAUGAACUUCUUCCAUCAUCAUUUGUUACUUCUGAUUGUCGUUUUCCAAAUGAAAUUUCAACAAACAGAAAAGAUCAACUGAUUUUUCAAACAUAUAUGAAUCAAAAAUCAUCAGCGAUAUUAACACAUAAUAAAAAAUUUAAUUCAGUUUAUAAUGUAAAUGAUUUAACUGAAGUUACAACAUGUAUUGAUAAUGAAUCAAAUCUAGUUGAUUAUAUAUUUUAUACAAAACAAGAUGAUGAUCGAUAUAGAUUGAAUUUAUUAAGUCGUUAUGAUUUAUAUAAACAAAAUCAAAUAUUAAAUCUUCAUUUACCCAAUCAUCAAUUCGCAUCAGAUCAUUUUUUGCUUGCAGCUAAAUUUACUUUAAAAUUGAAAAAGAAAAAAAGAUAA